AUGGAGGACAAGUCUAUUGCACUCGAAGCUGUUGUCAAGGAAGAGGUUGAUCUGGAAAAUAUACCUCUUGAUGAAGUUUUUAGAUGUCUCGAAUGCACACGAGAUGGCUUGGGCUCAGAUGAAGUUCAGAAAAGAUUGGAGUUAUUUGGAUACAAUAAACUCGAAGAAAAAAAUGAAAGCAAGAUUUUGAAAUUUUUAGGCUUUAUGUGGAAUCCUCUAUCAUGGGUGAUGGAAGCAGCAGCCAUAAUGGCCAUUGCUCUUGCACACGGGGGACACAAGCCGUCGGAUUUUCCUGACUUUGUUGGCAUCAUUAUCCUGCUCCUUAUCAACUCCACAAUCAGUUUUAUUGAGGAAAAUAAUGCUGGCAAUGCAGCAGCAGCUCUCAUGGCUCGAUUAGCUCCAAAAGCCAAGGUUCUUCGAGAUGGGAAAUGGAGUGAGGAAGAAGCUUCAGUGUUGGUUCCUGGGGACAUAGUUAGUAUUAAACUUGGAGAUAUUAUUCCAGCAGAUGCACGCCUUAUGGAAGGAGAUCCUCUAAAGAUUGAUCAGUCUGCUCUCACUGGAGAAUCACUUCCAGUAACCAAGAACACGGGUGAUGGGGUGUAUUCAGGUUCAACAUGCAAGCAAGGUGAAAUUGAAGCAAUCGUUAUAGCAACUGGAGUACAUACUUUCUUCGGAAAAGCUGCUCAUCUUGUGGAAAACACCACACAUGUUGGGCAUUUCCAAAAGGUUUUAACCUCAAUAGGAAAUUUCUGCAUUUGCUCAAUCGCUAUUGGAAUGGUAAUUGAGAUUAUUGUAAUAUACGGCAUUCAAGGGAGGAAUUAUCGUACCGGUAUUGAUAAUCUUCUUGUACUGCUCAUUGGUGGAAUUCCCAUUGCAAUGCCAACUGUUCUUUCUGUCACCAUGGCAAUUGGAUCGCAUCGCUUAUCUCAGCAGGGUGCCAUAACAAAGAGAAUGACUGCUAUCGAGGAAAUGGCUGGGAUGGAUGUUCUUUGCAGUGACAAAACAGGAACUCUAACUCUGAACAAGCUUACCGUGGAUAAGAAUAUGAUUGAGGUUUUCACAAAAGGUGUUGACAAGGAUACAGUAGUGUUGAUGGCCGCAAGAGCAUCAAGGUUGGAGAACCAAGAUGCUAUUGACGCCGCAAUUGUUUCAAUGCUGGCAGAUCCACAGGAGGCACGUGCUGGAAUCACAGAAGUUCACUUCCUCCCAUUCAAUCCAACAGACAAAAGGACAGCUCUAACGUACAUAGAUCAAGCUGGUAAAAUGCAUCGAGUGAGCAAAGGUGCACCAGAGCAGAUUCUUAAUCUAGCACAUAACAAAUCAGAAAUUGGAAGAAGGGUACAUUCCAUAAUUGAAAAAUUUGCAGAACGUGGGCUACGUUCCCUUGCAGUGGCACGCCAGGAAGUACCUGCUGGAACCAAAGACAGUCCCGGCAGCCCCUGGGAAUUCGUUGGCCUUCUUCCACUUUUCGACCCACCUCGUCAUGACAGUGCUGAAACAAUUACAAGAGCUCUUGAUCUUGGUGUGAGUGUCAAAAUGAUAACAGGUGAUCAAUUGGCAAUUGCUAAGGAAACAGGAAGACGGCUCGGGAUGGGCUCAAAUAUGUACCCUUCUUCAUCUUUGCUCGGUGACCAUAAGGAUGAAUCUGUUGCAGUUCUACCAGUUGAUGAACUCAUUGAGAAGGCUGAUGGUUUUGCUGGUGUCUUCCCUGAACAUAAAUAUGAGAUUGUGAAGAAGUUACAAGCCAGAAAGCAUAUCUGCGGAAUGACUGGUGAUGGUGUAAAUGACGCACCCGCUUUAAAAAUAGCUGAUAUAGGAAUAGCUGUAGCAGAUUCCACUGAUGCUGCUCGUAGUGCUUCUGAUAUAGUUCUGACAGAACCUGGAUUAAGCGUAAUCAUCAGCGCUGUCUUAACAAGCCGUGCAAUCUUCCAAAGAAUGAAGAACUACACGAUAUAUGCUGUGUCUAUCACUAUACGUAUAGUGUUAGGAUUUAUGCUGUUAACAGUAUUCUGGAAAUUUAACUUCCCUCCUUUCAUGGUUCUUGUCAUAGCCAUCCUUAACGAUGGUACGAUCAUGACAAUAUCUAAAGACAGGGUCAAGCCUUCUCCAAUUCCAGACAGUUGGAAACUCAGUGAGAUUUUCGCCACUGGGAUUGUUCUCGGAGGUUACAUGGCUUUAAUGACUAUAAUAUUUUUCUGGGCAGCAUAUGAUACAGACUUCUUCCACAAUGUUUUCCAUGUAAAGAACUUCAACAAGCACCAUUUUAACAUGACAAAUGAAACGCAAGCAGACCCACUCAAUGAAAUGAUGGCAUCUGCAGUUUAUCUUCAAGUCAGCACCAUCAGCCAGGCCUUAAUUUUUGUGACUCGCUCACGAGGAUGGUCAUUUACCGAACGGCCGGGACUCCUGCUUGUGACUGCAUUCAUUAUUGCACAACUGGUUGCAACAGUAUUAUCUGCCACUCUAACUCUCAAAUUUGCUGGAAUCAGAAAGAUAGGCUGGGCUUGGACCGGUGUGAUCUGGUUGUACAACACACUGACUUAUUUUCUUCUUGAUCCCAUCAAAUUUGCCGUUCGAUAUGCACUCAGUGGAAAAGCCUGGGGUCUCGUUGUGGAGCAAAGAACUGCACUCACCAACCGAAAGGACUUUGGAAGGGAAGCUCGUGAGGCUGCAUGGGCUGCUGAGCAACGGACACUGCAUGGACUUCAAUCCGGUGAACCAAAAAUGUUCGAGCGCAGCGCCUUUAGGGACAUUAAUCUUAUGGCAGAAGAAGCUAAAAGGCGUGCAGAAAUUUCAAGGCUGAGAGAAAUUCGCACUCUCAAAGGCAAGGUGGAGUCUUUUGCCAAGCUGAGGGGAUUAGACGUGGAAAACAUGAACAACCAUUAUACUGUUUAA